UCUACCUCCUCCUCCACCUCCUUCUCCUCCUUCUCCUCCUUCUCUUUCUCCGCCGCCAUGUCCGCGUUGGAAGAAAGCGACGGGAGCGGCGUGGUGCGGCCGCACUACGGCUCCGUCUUGGAUAAUGAGAGGCUCACGGCAGAGGAGAUGGACGAGCGAAGGCGACAGAAUGUGGCCUACGAGUACCUGUGUCACCUGGAAGAAGCCAAGAGGUGGAUGGAGGCCUGUCUUAAUGAAGAACUCCCUCCCACCACCGAACUGGAGGAGGGGCUGAGGAAUGGGGUCUACCUGGCCAAACUGGGAAACUUCUUCUCUCCCAAAGUGGUCUCCCUGAAGAAGAUCUAUGACCGGGAGCAGACCAGAUACAAGGCUACUGGCCUUCACUUCCGGCACACCGACAACGUCAUUCAGUGGCUGAACGCCAUGGCCGAAAUCGGACUGCCCAAGAUUUUCUACCCAGAGACCACAGACAUCUACGACCGGAAGAACAUGCCCCGUUGCAUCUACUGCAUCCACGCCCUCAGUUUGUACCUGUUCAAGCUGGGCCUGGCGCCUCAGAUCCAAGACCUGUACGGCAAGGUUGACUUCACAGAGGAAGAAAUCAGCAACAUGAGGAGUGAAUUGGAGAAGUACGGGAUCCAGAUGCCAGCCUUCAGCAAGAUCGGGGGCAUCCUGGCCAACGAGCUUUCGGUGGAUGAAGCGGCAUUGCACGCGGCUGUGAUCGCCAUCAAUGAAGCCAUAGACCGCAGAGUUCCCGCGGACACCUUCACGGCCCUGAGAAACCCCAAUGCCAUGCUGGUCAACCUUGAAGAGCCCCUGGCCUCCACGUACCAGGACACCCUGUACCAGGCCAAACAUAACAAGAUGACGAAUGCGAAAAACAGAACGGAGAACCCCGAGAGGGAGAGGGAUGUAUAUGAAGAGCUGCUGACGCAGGCUGAGAUCCAGGGCAACGUCAACAAAGUGAACGCACAUUCCUCCAUAUCCAAGAUCAACCUGGCUCUGGAACGAGGAGAUAUGCUGGCCCUGUUCGAGGCUCUGCAGUCGCCGGCCCUGGGCCUGCGAGGGCUGCUGCGGGAAAACUGCGACUGGUACUUCAAGCAGCUCCUGAGCCAGAAGCAGCAGAAGAAGCAGGCCGGCCUGACAGGACCACUGCAGAAGGAAGAGCUGCAGGCUGGAGUGGACGCGGCCAACAGUGACGCCCAGCAGUACCAGCGAAGGCUGGCUGCGGUCACCAGGAUCAACGCUGCCAUCCGCAAGGGCGUGGCCCAGGACACGGUGUCGGAGCUGAUGAACCCUGAGGCCCAGCUGCCGCAGGUGUAUCUGUUUGCUGCCGAUCUCUACCAGAAGGAGCUGGUCACCCUGCAGCAGCAGAGCCCAGAACACAACCUCAACCACCCCGAGCUCUCUGUGGCCGUGGAGAUGCUGUCGUCUGUGGCCCUGAUCAACCGGGCCCUGGAGUCUGGAGACGCGGUCACCGUCUGGAAGCAGCUGAGCAGCCCGGUCACCGGACUCACCAGCAUCGAGGAAGAGAACAGCCAGAGGUACGUGGAUGUUCUGAUGAAACUGAAGGCUCAGUCCUACUCCCAGAACAACGAGUUUCUCACCUGGAACGACAUCCAGGCAUCCGUGGACCGGGUGAACCAGUUGGUGCUCGAGGAGCACGAGAGGAUUUUAGCGAUCGGUAUGAUCAAUGAAGCCCUGGACGAGGGUGACUCCCAGAAGACCCUGAAAGCCUUACAGAUCCCCGCGGCCAAGCUGGAGGGGGUGCAGACCAAGGUGGCCCAGCACUACCAGGACACCCUGAUCCGAGCCAAGAGAGAGAAAGCCCAGGAAACUCAGGAUGAGUCGGCGGUGCUUUGGCUCGAUGAAAUUCAGGGUGGGAUCUGGCAGUCCAACAAGGACACCGAGGAAGCUCAGAAGUUUGCCUUAGGGAUCCUGGCUAUCAACGAGGCAGUGGAUCGGGGCGACGUCGGCCAGACUCUCGGUGCCCUGCGCUCCCCCGACGUCGGGCUCUACGGGGUCACCCCGGAAUGUGACAAAACCUAUCAGAGAGACCUCUCCGAGGCCAAGAAGACGAAGCAGGCAGCCGGUGACAAUGGCAGCAUAUGGGUGAAGCACUGGGUGAAAGGCGGGUAUCACUAUUACCACAACCUCCAGAGCCAGGAAGGAGGCUGGGACGAGCCCAAAGCCUUUGUGCCGAACAACACCCAGCUGUCCCGGGAGGAGAUCCAGACCUCCAUCUCCGGGGUGACAGCCGCCUACAACCGGGAGCAGCUGUGGCUGGCCAACGAGACCCUCAUCACCAAGCUGCAGGCCUGCUGCCGCGGCUACCUCGUCCGCCAGGAAUUUAGGUCCAGGAUGAAUUUCCUGAAGAAGCAGAUCCCCGCCAUCACUUGCAUCCAGGCUCAGUGGCGGGGGUACAAGCAGAAGAAAGCCUACCAGGAUCGCCUCGGGUACCUGCGCGCCCACAAGGAGGAAGUCGUAAAGAUCCAGUCAAUGGCGAGGAUGCAUCAGGCCAGGAAGCGCUACAGAACCCGCCUGCAGUACUUCCAGGACCACAUAAACGACAUUGUCAAAAUCCAGGCCUUUAUUCGGGCAAACAAAGCUCGAGACGACUACAAGACCCUCAUCAACGCGGUGGACCCCCCCAUGGCCGUGGUCCGGAAAUUUGUCCAUCUGCUGGACCAGAGCGACCAAGAUUUCCAGGAGGAGCUCGAGCUCAUGAAGAUGCGGGAGGAGGUCGUGACCCUAAUCCGGUCCAACCAGCAGCUGGAGAACGACCUUAACCUCAUGGACAUCAAGAUCGGGCUGCUGGUGAAGAAUAAAAUCACCUUGCAGGACGUCGUCUCUCACAGCAAAAAACUGACCAAGAAGAACAAGGAGCAGCUGUCCGACAUGAUGAUGCUCAAUAAACAGAGGGGAGGCCUGAAGGCUCUGAGCAAGGAGAAGAGGGAGAAGCUGGAAGCCUAUCAGCACCUCUUCUAUCUGCUGCAGACCAACCCCACCUACCUGGCCAAGCUGAUCUUCCAGAUGCCCCAGAACAAGUCCACCAAGUUCAUGGACUCGGUGAUCUUCACGCUGUACAACUACGCCUCCAACCAGCGGGAAGAGUACCUGCUGCUGCGGCUCUUCAAGACGGCUCUCCAGGAGGAGAUCAAGUCCAAGGUCGAUCAGAUCCAGGAGAUUGUGACCGGCAACCCCACGGUCAUUAAGAUGGUCGUGAGUUUCAAUCGGGGAGCCCGGGGGCAGAACGCCCUGCGGCAGAUCCUGGCGCCGGUGGUCAAGGAGAUCAUGGAUGACAAGUCGCUCAACAUCAAAACGGACCCGGUGGACAUUUACAAGUCCUGGGUGAACCAGAUGGAGUCCCAGACCGGAGAAGCCAGCAAACUGCCCUACGACGUGACCCCCGAGCAGGCGCUGGCUCACGAAGAGGUGAAGACCCGCCUGGACUCCUCCAUCAGGAACAUGCGGGCCGUCACCGACAAGUUCCUCUCGGCCAUCAUCAGCUCCGUGGACAAAAUCCCGUACGGGAUGCGCUUCAUCGCCAAGGUCCUGAAGGAUUCGCUGCACGAGAAGUUCCCCGACGCCGGCGAGGACGAGCUGCUGAAGAUCAUCGGCAACCUGCUCUACUACCGCUACAUGAACCCGGCUAUCGUCGCCCCGGACGCCUUCGACAUCAUCGACCUCUCGGCGGGCGGGCAGCUCACCACGGACCAGCGCCGCAACCUCGGCUCCAUCGCCAAAAUGCUUCAGCACGCGGCCUCCAACAAGAUGUUCCUGGGAGACAACGCUCACCUGAGCAUCAUCAACGAGUACCUCUCGCAGUCCUAUCAGAAAUUCAGACGCUUUUUUCAAGCAGCUUGUGAAGUCCCGGAACUGCAGGAUAAGUUCAACGUGGACGAGUACUCCGACUUGGUGACGCUCACCAAACCCAUCAUCUACAUUUCCAUCGGCGAAAUCAUCAACACACACACCCUGCUGCUGGACCACCAGGACGCCAUCGCUCCUGAGCAUAACGAUCCGAUCCAUGAGCUGUUGGACGACCUUGGCGAGGUGCCCACCAUCGAGUCCCUGAUAGGGGAAGGCUCCGGCAGCAUCAACGACCCCAACAAGGAGAUGCUGGCGAAAACCGAAGUGUCCCUCACCCUGACCAACAAGUUUGAUGUGCCCGGUGGUGAAAAUGCAGAAAUGGACGCCAAGACCAUCUUGUUGAACACAAAGCGUUUAAUUGUAGACAUGAUCCGGUUCCAGCCAGGGGAGACGCUGACGGAGAUUUUGGAAACCCCAGCCACCAGCGAGCAGGAAUCGGAGCACCAGCGGGCCAUGCAGAGACGAGCCAUUCGGGACGCCAAAACCCCCGACAAGAUGAAGAAGUCCAAGUCCGUCCACGAGGACAGCAGCCUGAGCCUCCAGGAGAAGAAGGAGAAGAUCCAUCUGGGCUUGAAGAAGCUGACGGAGCUGGGGACCGUGAAUCCCAAGAACAAAUACCAGGAGCUGAUCAACGACAUCGCCAAGGAUAUCCGGAACCAGCGGCGUUACCGGCAGAGGAGGAAGGCUGAACUGGUGAAGCUGCAGCAGACAUUCAGCGCCCUGAACUCCAAGGCCACUUUCUACGGGGAGCAAGUGGAUUACUAUAAAAGCUACAUCAAAACCUGCCUGGACAACUUGGCCAGCAAGGGCAAGGUCUCCAAAAAGCCCAGGGAGAUGAAAGGGAAGAAGAGCAAGAAGAUCUCCCUGAAGUACACGGCCGCGCGGCUGCACGAGAAGGGAGUCCUGCUGGAGAUUGAGGACCUGCAGACAAAUCAGUUUAAAAAUGUGAUCUUUGAAAUCAGUCCGACCGAGGAAGUUGGAGACUUUGAGGUGAAAGCGAAAUUCAUGGGAGUCCAGAUGGAAACAUUCAUGUUGCAUUAUCAGGAUCUCCUGCAGCUACAGUACGAGGGGGUCGCCGUCAUGAAACUGUUUGACCGAGCCAAAGUCAACGUCAACCUCCUCAUCUUCCUCCUCAACAAGAAGUUCUACGGGAAGUAGCGGAUGGUCUGCCGGAGACUCCGAGGGGACACGGGCGGCGGACAGAGGAAGGGAAUUCUCGUGCUGCGGACUGUUGCGGGGCCGGGGGGACCACCCCCUUCCCUGCCUCUCCCUCUCGCCUCCCUCCCCUGAAGUCAGGCUCCCGGGCGGCCCAGGACUCUGCCUCCUCCAAGUGCUACACCUUCAAUGCCAAACUGCAGGCCACCCCCACUUUGUGAAGGAACCUGGGGUCCCUGUCGCUCCCUUCUCUCCCUCCACCCCUCCCCACCAUGAGCUGGAAGCGCAAACCCGGUCUCCCUCACUUUUAUUGUUACUUCCUUUCCUUUUGCCUGACCUCGAGCGGGGAAGAGAGAACGGAAACUCGGUUCCUAAACCCCUUUUCCCUGUGCCACCUUGGGGCCGGUCACCUGGAGGCACUUUUCGGCGCUCUAGGGGCCUUUCUGCUUUCUUAGAAACCAGGAUGGUGAGUCCUGCAGACUAGCGACUAUGAGGUUGCAGAUGUUGGAAUACUGUAAAACAAAAACAAAUGAAAAAAAAAAGGUGUGAAUAUUGCUAUUCCUGCCUCAGCAUGUGCUUGUAGGGGGCAGUUCUCACAGCAGGCCCACUCUCCAGCUGCAGUGGUGGGCCGGGUGGGGCCUACUUUGUGCAGGCGUUGACCUUUUUCCCCCAUGGAGGGGUUUGAGGGUUCAGGGGUGGGGUGCGAGAGACGUAGCGCUCGAUCCUCUCCAGCGGCGGUGCCCUGUGUGGAGGCGGGGGAGGGAGUGACCGUCGGUCAACAUUCGGCUAGCGGGGACUGUCGUUUUGGAGGGCAACUAGAGGAGGGAGCCUUCCUUAGAUUUCGGUAGCCAUUUUUGCCCCUGCAGCCUGGAUCCGGCCCCGUUGGGCAGUGAGGGGAGUGGGGCCGAGCUGGCGGCAUUUCGAGGGCAGGGAAAGGGAUGUGGUCCGUAAGACAGCCCCCUUCCCCCCGGAGAAUGCGAAAGAACCCCAACUCUCACUCUUUUACCAGAGUUUCAUGGUCCAAAACUCCCUUGGAACCCAGGCGCCCUCUUCAAAUCUAGACUCAUUCUCUCCGGAGGAGGAGGCGACUUUUUUAAAUCUUUGCUUAAUUUUGCUCAGUAACUUUCAGGUGCUCAUUUUCUUUCCUGUUUCUUGAUCAAAUCCUGGAGACUGGCUUGGGUGGGGGGAAAUAGGGUAUUUUAUCAAGAUGGUUAUAGAGUGCUUUUCAAGGCUUUAGUGUACUUCAUGGAAAGGAAGAUUUUUUUUAAAAAAAUAGCUUAUCUGUAUAUCUGAAUUCUUAUAACUCUAUCUGCAGCUGCCAAACACUAGGACUGCCUGCAGAGAUGCAGAGAGAUUAUAGCGCCUUAGACAGGCUGGAUUAAAUCAUGUAUAAACAGAAUCUACCCUAUCUGCCUCCCGUUUCCUGUUAUCAGUUUCUCUCUGGACUAUCCGCCCCCCAGUGUCGAAGCCCCCUCUGCCUCUCCGUCGCCAGACACCACCUGCGGGGAUUGAUAACUCUGUCUUGAAAUCGGGCUCUAUGUAAUGUUUUUUUUUUUUAAAGUUCCCAUUUUCACGUCGGCGCAUUCGCCGCCAACGGCCGUGGUUUUAUACUCCUCUUGACGUGCCGAACAGAAUCCGUUCCCGGGCCACCCCCGUUCCCUGAUGGGGUUGGGGGGUCCUGCAGGUGGGAUCGGGGGCCGGAGCCUCGAUCGGAACAGCACCGGGAACUGAGAUCGCUCGUCAUUUCCAGUUGGCUGCUGGGCCCCCGGAGCGGGACCAUUCCAGCUUGGCUCCCCUUCGAUGUGAGCGGUCGGGAAGCCUUUUGCAGGGUGGGGAGCCGCUUCUCCUCACGCGGCCUGACGGAGAGGAAAGUCGCGAAUGACUUAGGAUAUGGGGGAACACUCACAAGCACACUCUGAGAAUUCCCUAGAUGGGGUUUCGGGGGAGGGCUGGAGAAAGGGGGUCAGUGGAUCAGCCCUUCGUCUCUUCCCUGACACCCCUUCGGGGUAACUACUACUUUCGGCGAGUACAUUCCUUUUUUUUAAAUUUUUUAUUUUCUUCUCUCCAACGUGGAAAAUAUUUUCCAGUAGACAAAGCAAUAAUCUGCCACUGAGGGGACCACAGGGAUUCAGCUCACUGCUUUAUAAAAGGGGCGUGCUCUCCUCCAGAGGCCCCGCUGCCGUAACCCCGCCCAGGCUCUGCCACAAAACAUCCAGUUUUCCGGGUCCCGCGGGAGACAGAAGGGGUCGGGGACUCCAAUGCUGAAGCCCUUCACCACCGGCUCCCACGUGCAAACUCAGAGCUAAAGAACUUUUAUGAAAAAAUUAAAAAAUAAACUUAAAAAAAGUGUAGAAGAAAUUUUUUUAUAUAUAGGAGAAACCUCCAAGGGAAAAUUCUCAAGUCUCAGCACUGAAAUGUUGUAGCUUUUAUGACGGUUUUAUUUAUUAGCGAUAGGGUUCUCCUGUCUCGUUCUCUUCCCGCCUCGAACUCCACCUCCCCGGUUGGCACGCGGUAUGGCCCGCCUGGGUUUCCUCCCUGAACAUCGGGCUUCUUGUCCUGUUGUUGGCAUAGUCGAUUGGCCUGUGUAUCGCAACUAAAUAAAAGGUCAUUGGUUCA